AUGGAACGUGUAAUGGCCAAGAUGUCUAUCUCGAGAUACCAUGCCAGUGGAAGGGUCCGUUCUAAUACGUGUACUCGUUGUAUCGCUCUGCACUAUUGCGUGAGCGCCGCACUGUUCCGUAUACUGUGAUGUACACGUGUUCGCCGUGCCCCCUU